GUCAGCUGCAGCCCGCUGGCGAUUGGGGCGCGCUCGCCUCCUUGGCUUGGGGGCUAAUUAUAAAGUGGCUCCAGCCGCCACCAACCCCGGUAUAGCGAGGCCAGGCGAGGCAGGGACUCUGAGCCCUGAAGACGCAGAGGACCGCGACGAGCAGUGCUUGGGACCCGAUGUCUCCGACCAGCCUGCGCCAUACGAUCGCUGUCAACCCUAUGGCGCGGUUCCUGAGACUCUGCACUUGGCUGCUGGCGCUCGGCCCGGGGCUCCUGGCGACCGUGAGGGCGGAAUGCAGCCAGGACUGCGCGACGUGCAGCUACCGCCUGGCGCGCCCGACCGACAUCAACCCCCUGGCUUGCACACUGGAAUGUGAAUGGAAGCUGCCCUCUCUCAAAACCUGGGAAACCUGCAAGGAGCUCCUGCAGCUGUCCAAACUGGAGCUCCCCCAAGAUGGCGCCACCGCCCUCAGAGAGAGCAGCAAGCCCGACGAGAGCCACGUGCUGGCCAAAAAGUAUGGGGGCUUCAUGAAAAGGUAUGGAGGCUUCAUGAAGAAAAUGGAUGAGCUUUAUCCUCAGGAGCCGGAAGAAGAGGCCAAUGGAGGGGAAAUCCUGGCCAAGAGAUACGGGGGCUUCAUGAAGAAGGACGCAGAUGAGGAGGACGUCCUGGCCAACUCCUCAGACCUGCUCAAAGAGCUGCUGGGGACCGGGGAGAACCGAGAAAGUGGCCCCCACACAGAGGCUGGUGAAGAUGAAGAAGUGAGCAAGAGAUACGGGGGCUUCAUGAGAGCCUUAAAGAGAAGCCCCCAACUGGAAGAAGAAGCCAAAGAGCUGCAGAAGCGCUAUGGGGGCUUCAUGAGAAGAGUUGGUCGCCCCGAGUGGUGGAUGGACUACCAGAAAAGGUACGGGGGCUUCCUCAAGCGCUUUGCCGACUCUCUGCCCUCCGAUGAAGAAGGCGAAAGCUACUCCAAAGAAGUUCCUGAGAUGGAGAAAAGAUAUGGAGGAUUUAUGAGAUUUUAACCCCCUUGGCAGCCAGUGACCCCAGACCGCAGCAAGCCUUCCUCUGCCCCCUUUCCGCCCCUAUCCCCGGGUCAAUCGUGUCUUAUUAUCGUGCAUUGCUUGCAUUGUAGGGUUGCCUUUAUUGUCUGGAUAACUAACUAUACAACCUGAAAGCGCCCACUUCAGGUUCCGUGUUCUCUUGACGAUGUUUAUGCUCAGUAUUGGUCUAUUGCAGCUGUGUCGUUUUCAUGCUACAGUCGCUGUUGUUCCCUUGUCCUUUAUUUUUGACAAAACACCAACAAAUGCUUACUUGUAAAUAGAUACAAUAAACCUGUUACCCCAGCUGCA